AUCUAACAUACGCAUAUAUUUGAAGCCCGUGGGCCCAAUGAAAGCCAUCACAAGUUUCAUGAUCCAAUUAAAAGGCCCAUUUAUCAUUUCCUAGCUGGCAUUUUUACACAUCCCAUUACACGUGUAAUUUCCCUCCAAACAAUUGUACAAUUUCCUACGUCACUGAGUCAACUCGCCCUGUCCUUGUCUAUGUGCAAAAUCUUUCCCAAAAUAAACCCUAAUUCCCCUCAACCGCAAUUCCGCCCUCAGCAAUUCGACUUUCCCUCAGCCGUACGUUGUCCUCUCCGCCUCUCCAAUUCCCCGCACCAUUGUUUUACUGUUCGCCGUCACUCCGUCCGGCGCUGAAUUCUCACAAUUGAUAAAAAUUGAAGGAAUUCAGUUAUCAUUUACAGUCAAGUUUUGGGCUAUUUUCCGUUACAUCAUCGUGCCGGACGUUAAGUUCUUCCAAUUGGAAACUGGAUUUUUUUGUAGCAUUUUGUAGUUAAGAAGGAAUGUGGUAGAGAAUUAUGGGUUUUUGUUAGUUGAUGUCUAAGACUCGUGAUGAUUGGUUGUUUAUUAGUUGAUCAGAGAAGAAUUUAGUUCGUACUUCGAAUUUUGUUGGAAUGUAUAUGGUUGUUUUGUUGAAGAAAUGUUUAAUGAGGUUCUGAUCAAAGUUUUAGAUAUUUGAAUUUUGGGAAUCCAGUUAAGAAGGUUUCAGAAAGUGGAAACAAUGGGGGAGACUGGGCAUACCCCGGUAUUACCUAAUAGUUCCGGUUCCAAGAGAUCAUCGAGAAGAAAAACGAUCACGAAAAACUACGACGAGAAUCUAAUGGAUGAUCUGAUAGAGAAGCAUUUGGGCACUUCUUCGAGGAAGAAAAACAGAACGCAGCAAGACUUGGAGAAAGAAACCGAGACCGAAGCCAUGAUAGCGCUAUCUUUAGGGUUCCCAAUCGACGAGCUGCUCGAAGAGGAAAUCGGGGCCGGGGUGGUAACCGAGUUAAACGGGAAAGAGCAGAACAACUACAUAGUCGUGCGGAACCACAUACUCGCAAGGUGGAGGGCCAAUGUGCACUCGUGGCUUUCCAAAGGGCAGAUAAGGGAAACAGUGAGCAACGAUUACGCCCACUUGAUAAAUGCUGCCUACGACUUCCUCCUGUGUAAUGGGUACAUUAAUUUCGGGAUUUCGGCUUCGUUCGAGUCGCAGAUUUUCGAGGAAACUACGGAAGCUUCCGUGAUAAUAGUCGGUGCAGGUCUUGCUGGAUUGGCAGCAGCAAGGCAGCUUAUGGCGUUCGGUUUCAAAGUGUUCGUCUUAGAAGGUAGGGCCCGCCCCGGAGGUAGAGUGUACACUCAGAAGAUGGGGCAAAACGGUAAUUACGCAGCUGUCGAUCUUGGCGGUAGUGUAAUAACUGGCAUUCAUGCAAAUCCGUUGGGUGUUUUAGCUAGGCAGAUUUCGGUUCCUCUUCACAAGGUAAGAGACAACUGUCCUCUUUACAAGCCAGAUGGUGGGCCCGUUGAUAAGGAAAUCGAUACGAAUGUCGAGCAUGUAUUUAAUAAGCUUCUUGAUAAAGUCACCCAACUUAGGCAAAUAAUGAGCGGAUUUGCGGCUAAUAUUUCUCUAGGUUCGGUUCUUGAAACACUUAGACAGUUAUACGCCGUCGCUAGAAGCAAUGACGAAAGACAGCUUCUCGAUUGGCAUUUCGCUAACUUGGAAUUUUCCAACGCCGGUGGACUUUCGAAUCUUUCUGCUGCUUAUUGGGAUCAAGACGACCCUUACGAGAUGGGUGGGGACCACUGCUUUCUCGCGGGUGGGAAUUGGAGAAUAAUUAGAGCCUUGUGUAAAGGGGUUCCGAUCUUCUACAACAAGACCGUUGAAACCAUUAGGUAUGGGAAUGAAGGCGUUGAAGUUAUUGCAGGGAACCAAGUCUUUCGAGCAGACAUGGUUCUUUGCACAGUGCCUUUAGGAGUCCUUAAAAAGAGAGCGAUCCGAUUCGAACCCGAGUUGCCUGAAAGGAAGCUAGCAGCAAUAGAAAGACUCGGUUUUGGUUUGCUUAAUAAGGUUGCUAUGGUGUUCCCCCAUAAUUUCUGGGGCGAAGAUUUGGAUACGUUUGGUUCGCUGAGAGAAUCAAGCCAACAAAGGGGGGAGUUCUUUUUGUUUUACAGCUACCACACCGUUUCGGGUGCUCCGGUCCUCGUUGCUCUUGUCGCCGGAGAUGCAGCGCAGCCUUUUGAAAAUGCGGACCCCGCUUCUUCAGUUCACCGUGUUUUGGGCAUUCUCAGAGGUAUAUAUGGGCCCCAGGGAAUCCACGUGCCAGAUCCUAUACAAUCAAUAUGUACAAGAUGGGGGAGCGAUCCUCUUUCUUACGGUUCGUAUUCACACAUCAGAGUGCAAUCUUCUGGAAAUGACUAUGAUAUCCUCGCAGAAAGCAUAGAGGGUCGUUUAUUUUUCGGCGGCGAAGCAACUAAUAGGCAAUACCCUGCCACCAUGCAUGGUGCUUAUCUGAGUGGCCUCAGAGAAGCUGCUCGCAUCCUCCAAGCUACACGGGCUAGACAAACUAACCCUAGGAAGUCCGUCAUACAGAAGAAUCUUGGACAGAGCAUCAGUGACGUUUUAUUGAAUCUUUUCAAGAAACCCGAUUUAGUGUUUGACGAUUUUAGUUUCGUGUUUGAUCCUUUGUGUGGAGAGCCAAAAUCUUUGGGAUUAAUGCGCGUGACUCUUAGUUGUUAUAGUGAAGAUUCGGUGAAUCAAGAAGUGGUGCAGCUUUAUACUGUGAUAUCUCGUGAACAAGCGCUUGAGCUGCAGGGUGUUAACGGAGGAAGUUCGGAUAAGAUUUCGUUUUUGUUCCGGAAUCUUGGGCUGAAGUUGAUGGGUGCAGAUGCGUUAGGGUUUUCGAGCGAUGCAUUGAUUACGAAACUUAAUAGCUCGAGGAGGGGUAGGGGUAGGCCCCGCUUUGUUGCUGGAUAACUAAAUGCGGACGAAUUGUUAUUAGAGGAUAUUUUGGUCAUUUUUCGUAUAGGGGUGGGCAGAAUCGGGAUUUUGCGGAAUUAGGGAUGCGAUUUUGGAAACUUGCUCGAAAUGGCCCGUUUGCCAUUUGGUCGAAGGUGUUUUGAAUCUGUGUAUCUAAUACUCGGAGCAUUAGCUUGUAAAGAAAGGAUAUACAGCUGUUGUAGAUUUUGAUGUUUUUGCAAUUUUCAGUAUACAGUGGAUGUGUUGUAGAAAACAGUGUUUUUUAUAAUCGGAUUAUUUUUAGAUUUUGAUGU